AUGUGGUGGACACCAGAAAAGUUAUGUAGUGCACCUUUAAGCUUGGCAUUUCAAACACCUCUCGCCCUUCACCCUGCUCAGACAUUUGCUGGAGGCACGGCUCUGGAUGGGCUAAACUUAGCAGUGACACUCCUCAGCACAGGCACAGUGUGCUCCACAGUGAGCUACAAUGGAAGGUGUCGAGUUUCCUCACAUGGGACAGUUUCUCUACAGGAAAGCUUCAGAAACAAGGUGAAUAUGGAGCCAGAGAGAGGAUGUAACCAAUGUGUAGAUGAAGAUUCAAGUAAGGAAAAGUCUGACACUUCUUUAUCAGCAACAUCAAAAGCAGAGUCUCCAGCAUCCAGUUCGGGUGAUUCCCUCUCCUCUCUCCUUCCCAAAGCCUUGUCCGCUGUCCUCCAUCACACACUUCCCCCUGGGCAGAGCAGGAACCAGCCGACGAGCGAGAACUCAACAACAAGCUGCUCACAACCAUUGAACCUGGAGCAGCUGCAGACCGAGCUGACAGUCCUGAGGGGGCAGUUUGAACAGAUGAAGUCCCAACACAAUAAAGAAAUAAAGCAGCUAAUGAACGAGUUGGAUGAAGAGAAGAAAAUUCGCUUGACUCUGCAGAUGGAGAUCAAACGCAUAAAGAAGCACAUGUCCAAAUAAGGCAGAAAACAAUUCAUGAAUGUGAUUU